GCCUGAGCGCGGCGGUGGCGCGGGAGAAGCCGGGCCGGCCCCGUUCCUGAUGCUGCGGUGGCUGAUCGGCGGCGGCCGGGAGCCGCAGGGCCUGGCCGAGAAAUCCUCUGUACAGACAGUUGGUGAAGAACAAACACAGAAUCCUUACACGGAGCUCCUUGUGUUGAAAGGUCAUCAAGAUAUAGUACGAUUUCUAGUGCAAAUAGAUGACUGCAGGUUUGCAUCUGCAGGAGAUGAUGGAAUCGUAUGUCUAUGGAAUGCUCAGACUGGAGAAAAACUUUUUGAACUUCAUGGACACACACACAAAAUUACAGCUAUAGCACCAUUUUCUUCGUCAGAUGCUUUUGAAGAAAAUAGACAUUUGAUUAUAACAGCCUCAGCUGAUAGAACAGUUAUUGUUUGGGACUGCACUAGUGGCAGACAGGUUCAGAAAGUGUCAUGUUUCCAUUCUACUGUAAAGUGUUUGACAGUUCUUCAAAGACUGGAUGUAUGGUUGUCUGGAGGGAGUGAUCUAUGUGUUUGGAACCAAAAAUUAGAUCUCUUGUGUAAGACCAGUCAUCUUACUGAUGCAGGUAUCAGUGCUUUGGUUGAAUUGCCCAAAAACUGUGUUGCAGCAGCUGUAGGCAAAGAGCUAAUAAUUUUUAGGUUGACUGAUUCUAACAAUGAGUCUGAAGGUUGGAAUGUCCUUGAAGUAAAGCGCCUUGUUGACCAUCAGGAUAACAUUUUGUCAUUAGUCAGCGUCAAUGAAUUGACUUUUGUGACAGGCUCUCAUGUAGGUGAGCUAAUAGUUUGGGAUGCACUUGACUGGACAAAGCAGGCAACUGAGUGCAACUUCUGGGACUCCUCUGUCCAUCCAGAUGUACAGCCAGAAAUAAAGUUAUCCCAAAGCCCAAAUGAAACUUCAGUUCAACACCUAACAUCUGAUGAGGAGUGUGUGUUUGCUGCUGUUGGGAAAGGCAUAUACGUAUAUAAUCUUCAAAUGAAGUGUGUGAUUGCUUGCCAGAGAACUGCUCACGACUCCUCUGUGCUGCACAUCGAGAAGCUUCCCAACAGGCAGCUGAUCUCCUGCUCAGAAGAUGGCAGUGUGCGCAUUUGGGAACUCAGAGAAAAGCAGCAGCUGCCAGCUGAACCAGUUCCGACAGGGUUUUUCAACAUGUGGGGCUUCGGAAGGGCAAACAAGCAGGCAAACCAAGCUGCCAAGAAGAUGCAAGAGAAUACACCUAUGUAUUUCUUGGAGCUGGUUGGGGAUUUGAUUGGUCAUUCAUCAGCUGUGCAGAUGUUCCUGUACUUUGGUGAACUGGGAUUGGUUACAUGCUCUGCUGACCACCUCAUUAUUUUGUGGAAGGAUGGUGAACGAGAAUCUAGCCUCCGCAGUUUAACACUAUUUCAAAAAUUGGCACAAAAUGGUGAUUUGCAGCUCAAACUUUAAAUUGCUUGAAUACAGGCUACAUAUAUGGAUGUGUGUUAAACCUGACUGUAAGGCAAUGCCCGAGCUACUGGGAAUCUGACUACCAGUAACGCUUACACUUGAUGUCAUGUACUAUAUUGGAAAUUUUAUUAGUUGCUAUUACUCUUCUGAAAGGAGAAUUUUGCAUGUUGGCUUACUCUGUCAGCAGAAAUGGUGUUCUCUUGAAAGACUGAAGAUAAUGAUGACUCAUUAAAUAGUUUCUAAUGUUGUUCCCACA